CCACACACUCUCUUCCUCCUCCCGCGCAGCAGGCGCUCUCGCCGUCCUCGUCGUGACCACCAGGGCGCUACUGCCGUGGAGCGCUGAUCUGCCCGACGAUGCUCGGUCUCUUCUCAUGUCGAACGUGGGAAACUGUACAAUGAAAUGGAGAAAGAAUUUGAAGGAAAUGACCCCACUAAGGACUGCAGGCAGAUUCUUUCAGCACCAUCCUUGGGUUCUUUGCUUGCUGGUGCUUCUACUUAUAUUGUACAAGUACUUCUUUGGCUGGUUCACUCUCCUUGUGACCACAUCACCAAUCUUCCUAAUUGCCGGCGUCUUUCUUGGAAUCAUCCUUGCUUAUGGUGAACCAAACAAUCCUGAAAAGGAUCACAUCUACAAAAAAAUUGACAAAGCUCGGUGUCCGAAUAUACCUCUUCCAAAAAUUCAAUCAGAAGAUAAAGUGGCCAAGCACAAAAAUGGAGAAAAGAAAAUUAGGAAGAGAUGUCAUGUUGCAGCUUCUUCUUCUGAACCAAGAUCUAGUGAAUCAGGUGGCUCAGAUACUGACAACAUCCCAAUGCUACAUGCAUUUCAUCAUCUUAGGUCAGGUAGCAAUUCAUCACAGUCCUGUCAAGAUGGCGACUCCAAUGACAGCAGCAUUGAAGAUGAAAUGGAGAAUCAUCAAGGAAAUGGUGGGAAGUUACGCGAGGGAAAAGGACAUGUUAAAGUUGUGGCAUGGACCGCUGAUGACCAGAAGAACAUAUUGAAAAUUGGAUGCUUGGAGAUUGAGCGUAACCAAAGGUUGGAGACCUUAAUUGCUAGGCGCCGAGCGAGAAAAUACUCAGACAAAAACUUGAUAGACUUUGGUAGCAGUGAUUCCUUACCUACUGUUGAAGAGCUAUCAAAGUUCAAUGUUCAAAUUCCUACUGUAUUUGCUCCUAGGAGAAAUCCAUUUGAUGUUCCUUACAAUGAAGAUAACUUCCCAGAUUCUGCUCCAUCUGCGCUGGUGGAAAUAGGAAACCCAUUCAAUUUACCAAGCAAGCAAGAAAAUGAGAGUAGUUCCUCUGGAGGAGAAAAAUCAAGCUAUGUGGAACCUAUUCCUGUAGCAUCGCAUGUACAAAGGAGAGCACUGCUAAGGAGGCAUGAGAGCUUCACCGAAGUUGCACCAUUCCUCAAUGACUUUUGGCAAGAUGUACGGCCUUCCCGGUUCAAACCGUACUUCGUUACUGAAAAAAUGGCUAAUGAAGAAAUUGUGGAUCCAAUUCUUGAAGGAGAAACUAGUGAAAAGAGCAACUCAAAGGCCAGUUCUGUUCAAGACUCGGAUAGUACUUCUUCAGUUCCCGAUCAAGAAAGCCAAAAGGAUGUUUUGGAGGAUUUAUCAAACCAAAGGCAACAAUCUUCAUUUAGUCAAACAGAGGAACAUGCACAUAUAGUUCGGCAUGCGAGGGAGGUUUCUCUUGCUCUUGACAUGGAUCCGCCUGUACUAAUUAGCGACUCCUCUGAUGAUGACAUAUCACUGUCUGGUGAACAUACAAAUGAUUGGGUAGAAGCACCACAGAGUGAUUUCAGUUUUUCAUUGAAUACAUUAUUAGAUGAUCCUCGUAUGAUGCAACACCAUCAAGAAAUAGAUAUAGCGAGCAAUGGAAUGCAUCAGAUGUCCCCACACUCAAACGAUCUUGAGUUGACGUCGUCAUCAUCUGAAACCACUAAUGAUCCUUUUGAAGUGGAUGACAUUGAAUUAUCAGCCAAGGAACCAGUGAUAGUUGAUGAUACCCACAUUCUUGAUCCUGUUUAUGAUUCAAGUCCUUCAGGAAGCGAGAAGCCUGCACCUAUUGGUUUAGGACUCGAUGAAGUUGUUAUGCAAGAUGGUCGUGCUCGUACUCUUGAUGCUGAAGCAAGCAUCGAAGAAGAGGGUUCACCAACAAGAAUGGAGGCUUCUUCUAGUGAGGUAGCUACACCUAGUUUGAGUUCUUUGGAGCGAAGCGAACUCAGGGAGAAAGAAUACUAUGAGAUGAAGAAGUCUAUGGUUGGCCAUAACAAAGCCCAUGAAAGUUUUGUCAGCCGCGAUGAUCCUCCAAUGUCUGAUAUAAAUUCUCGGCCAACUAUUGGAGGUUCAACUAAUGGUUAAUCUAGAAGCAAUAUCGUACCAUCCUCCACAAAUGCAGUUGCUGGUUUCUUUAAAAAAAUGAUGGUGGCAGCGACAUCUGGAUCUGGCCGAGCUUCUUCAGCAGCAUAUUUGCCGAGGAAUCCGAGGGAGGGAAGAUGUUCAUUGUAGGAGAUUUGUUAGUGCUUCAAAGUGACUAGACAAUGUGUUGAAUAUGUAUAGUGUAGAUUUACUGAAAAGAAAAAUGCAACACAUUAGCAUUAGGACUUCUCUGUAAAAUGGCUAGAUAUGUUUUUUUUUGGUAGAUCCAUUUUUGGAUUCCUUUUUUUUUAUAUAUUUGUGAAUACCUUCAAGAAUUAGGACAUGUCAGUUUUAUGACCUGCUGUGCAAUUGCUCUAGCAUUUUAGUUUACCUGAGUGGUUGCUUUU